UUGUGUAUAUUAAAUUGUUUGUUGAUCAUGGAGUCACUUAAACGUAAGGGCAGGCCACCCAAUCCCAGGGCUAAAGCAAACCCUUUGUCGGCCCUAACCUUUGCGUGGACAUUGCCAAUAUUUUGGAAUGGCUUUAAGAAGGAAAUGGAGGAGCAGGACUUGUUUGAACCACUAGAAGAACAUGCAUCAAGUCCUUUGGGCGACAAAUUCGCCCGUCUAUGGGAAGAAGAAGUCGCUCGUGCGGGAGCAAAACGCACGCCAAGCUUACUAAGAGUCAUAAUGAAAGCCUACGCUGCACGUUGUAUGCUUUAUGGGUUUGUGCUACUGGUAACGGAAUGUGGAAUACGAAUAGCUCAACCAGUAUUCUUAGGUAAACUAGUUGAAUACUACGGCCCAGAACAGAAUACGAUGAAACCCAGAGAAGCCUUUUUAUACGCUGGGGCUGUGAUUCUAUGUUCUGCUCUCAAUGUGUUCGUGACACACCCGUACAUGAUGGCAAUUUUACACAUGGGCAUGAAGUUCAGGGUUGCUUGCUGUUCUCUCAUAUAUAGAAAGUCGUUAAGGCUUUCCAAAACAGCCCUAGGAGAGACAACGGUCGGCCAAGUUGUAAACUUGUUGUCUAACGACGUGAACCGCUUCGACGUGGCCAUCAUCUUCCUACAUUACCUGUGGAUCGGGCCACUGGCUACCGUCAUUGUCGCAUACUUUAUGUGGCUGGAGAUUGGCUGGGCGGCGGUGGUCGGAGUCGGGUUCAUGCUUGCUUUUAUUCCUUUACAAGCAUACUUUGGGAAACGAACUUCUGUGUUGCGACUUAAGACCGCCUUGAGAACCGAUGAGCGUGUCCGACUAAUGAAUGAGAUUCUGUCCGGUAUACAGGUCAUCAAAAUGUACACAUGGGAGAAACCGUUCGCGGAUCUCGUGGCUAAAGCGCGGAAACAGGAAAUCAAACAGAUCCGCGCGACGUCGUACAUCCGGGGCGUUUUAACGUCGUUCAUAAUGUUUACGACGCGCAUCUGCCUCUUCUUCUCCAUUUUAGCUUUCGUGCUAGGUCAGAAUAACGUCAUUACUGCCAAGCAAGUGUUCGUUGUAACCAGCUUCUACAACAUUCUGCGACAGACUAUGACUGUGUUCUUUCCACAGGGUAUUGCUCAAGUAGCUGAAGCAUCAAUAUCGAUUAAACGUCUUCAAAGCUUUAUGCUUUACGAGGAUACAACUAAACCAGUGCCGGGCCUUGCGGAGAUACAGACCGCCGCCAAGAAAAAACCAAAAGAAGAAGAUAAAAGCAAAGAAGAUAUCAUUACCGCUGAAGAUAAAUUUGAAUCAACAGAUGAAAAGAAACCAGAGACAGAAGUGGCUGAAAGUAGCGAGCAAAAGGAUGAAGCUAAGGGUAAUGGCAAUGUUAGUCUUGCUCCUCUAGAAUCGGGCGAAGACGAUGAUGAAGAGUUGGCCACGCGCGUGGAUCAAGACGCGCGGGGGGUGCGGCUGCGGCACGCCACCGCCAAGUGGAUCGCGGCGCACGCGGAGAACACGCUCACAGACAUGUCGCUCACCAUCAAGCCCGGCAAAUUAAUAGCAGUAAUAGGUCCUGUGGGCGCUGGAAAGUCUUCGCUUCUACAUGUAUUAUUGCGGGAGCUGCCUUUACAGUCCGGUACUGUACAUGUUGGCGGCACUGUGUCCUAUGCGAGUCAGGAGCCUUGGCUGUUUGCUGGAAGCGUCCGUCAGAAUAUACUUUUCGGUCAGCCGAUGGAUCGCCCGAGGUACAACACCGUCGUUCGCCGUUGCGCUCUAGACCGAGACUUUGCACUAUUCCCGCAUGGAGACAAGACCGUCGUCGGUGAGAGGGGUGUCAGUCUUAGUGGAGGUCAACGCGCUCGUAUCUCCUUAGCCCGUGCUGUGUACAAGCGCGCUGAUAUAUACCUGUUGGACGAUCCGCUAUCGGCAGUGGACGCGCAUGUCGGCCGCCACCUGUUCGAAUCAUGUGUCGUCGGCUACCUGCGUAACACCACACGCAUACUCGUCACACAUCAGCUGCAAUUCUUAAGGGACGUCGAUCAGAUUAUUAUAUUGAAGAAUGGUACAAUAGCAGCGGCGGGUGAUUUCGAAACAUUGAGCGCUUCGGGUCUUGAUUUCGCAACAUUGCUCGCGCGAGGAGAAUCAGAGGAAGAGAAACCAAAACAAUCUCAAGACACUACAAACACCGAGCUAGAGGAUUCUAUGCUUCAGGGUAGUUUCCGCAAACGGCAAUUGAGUAUACAUUCUGUGAGCUCGGUGGACAACUUGACGGGCGCGGCGCCGCCGGAGGGCGGCCGCGAGGAGGCGGAGAUGCGGUCUGCGGGCGCGGUGUCGGGCGCCGUGUACGCGGCCUACCUGCGCGCGCAGGGCCACCCGCUGCUUGUGGCACUCAUGCUGGUCGUCACCGUGCUGACGCAGCUGCUCGGCUCCGGCGCCGACUGGUGGACCAGCUACUGGGUGAACUUGGAAGAGGACCUUCCACGAUCGUUUAUGAAUACGCUAGACAAUAACAACACUACUGGCCCAUUAGAGCGGACUGAAAACUUCACAAAUCCAUUGAUCGACAAUGCGCAAUUUGUUAGAUCAAGCCUUACACGAUACGACUGCAUCUAUAUUUAUAGCGCGAUGGUGGCGGCGCUGGUGGCGGUGGCGCUGCUGCGCUCGUUCAUGUUCUUCUGGCUGGCGAUGCGCGCAUCCACGCGGCUGCACAACAACAUGUUCGCGAGCAUCACGCGCGCGCCCAUGCGCUUCUUCCACACCAACCCCUCGGGCCGCAUCCUCAACCGUUUCUCCAAGGACAUGGGCGCGGUCGACGAGGUGCUGCCCUCCGCUCUGCUUGACGUUCUGCAAAUUGGACUGUCUUUGAUUGGUAUUGUGGUAGUGGUGGCGGUUGUGAACUGGUGGCUGCUUAUACCGACAGUGGCUAUCGGAUUUGUGUUCUACGGUUUACGUAUCGUAUACCUGGCGUCGUCACGCAGCAUAAAGCGCCUCGAGGGUGUGACUCGUAGCCCGGUGUUCUCUCAUUUGAACGCGACGCUGCAAGGCAUCACAACGAUUCGUGCUUUCGGUGCACAGGAGGCACUCAUUAGGGAGUUCGACAACCAUCAAGACGUGCACAGCUCCGCUUGGUAUUUGUUCAUCGCAAGUUCGCGCGCUUUCGGCUUCUGGCUGGAUCUUGUGUGCGUCGUCUACAUAGCCAUUGUAACGCUAAGCUUCCUCGUUUUCGACAAAGAGGAAUACGGCGGUAACGUGGGUCUGGCGAUUACGCAAGCGAUGGGCUUGACGGGCAUGUUCCAGUGGGGGAUGCGCCAGUCCACCGAACUCGAAAACCAGAUGACUAGUGUUGAGAGGAUACAGGAAUAUUCGACAAUAGAAUCGGAGCCGCCCCUGGAGUCCGAGCCCAGUAAGAAGCCCCCUCCAUCUUGGCCGGAAGCGGGCCGCCUGGAGUUCCGGCGCGUGUUCUUGUACUACGCGCCAAGUGAGCCGCCGGUGCUCAAGGACCUCUCCUUCCUCAUACUGCCCAAGGAGAAAGUUGGCAUCGUAGGCAGAACCGGCGCUGGCAAGUCUUCACUCAUCAACGCCUUGUUCAGAUUGGCAAAACUCGAAGGAGAGAUUAUAAUCGACGGACGCGAAACAUCUAUGCUGGGGCUCCACGAGCUUCGCAGCCAGAUCUCCAUCAUCCCGCAGGAGCCUGUGCUGUUCUCGGGCACCAUGCGACACAACCUCGAUCCAUUCGACGAGUACCCGGACCAGGUGCUCUGGCGUGCUUUGGAAGAGGUGGAGCUGAAGGAGGCGGUGCUGGAGCUGCCGGCGGGGCUGAGCUCGCGCAUGUCGGAGGGCGGCGGCAACUUCUCGGUGGGGCAGCGCCAGCUCGUGUGCCUGGCGCGCGCCAUCGUGCGCCGCAACCGCCUGCUCGUGCUCGACGAGGCCACCGCCAACGUCGACCCGCAGACUGACACAUUAAUCCAGACCACAAUAAGAAACAAAUUUGCUGAUUGUACAGUCCUUACCAUCGCGCAUCGUCUUCACACUGUUAUGGAUUCAGAUAAGGUGUUGGUGAUGGAUGCUGGACAAAUGGUGGAAUUCGAUCACCCGCACAUUCUGCUGAAGAAGAGCGACGGCUUCCUGCGGUCUAUGGUGGACCAGACCGGCAAGGUCAUGGCUGAAACACUCGCUAGAGUUGCACAACAGGCAUACGAACAAAAGUAUCAAUGGAAAACUGACACGACAGACUGA